AACUUCUAAUUCACGUAAACUUGUUAAGUAAUAACCAACCGUGGUAGUAAAAAUUACGAUACGGUAGAAGUUAGGGUACGAGAAUAGGUUACGUCUUGGUAGAUUUUUCAUUGCAGCGAAAAUGGCGUCUCUCGCAAGAGUUCGUCUUUUAAUGAGAAAUACUGGUACAUUUAAAAAUUCGAUCAGACAAACGUGCUUACGAAGUGCCAUUACACAAUUUCAAUUAAAUGAACGAUUUUUUCACUGUAAUAGACAAAAUACCAUCAUCCAUGUGCCGCAGGUAAAUAUACAAUCUGUACGCCUAUACAGUGAAAAACUUAAACCUAAGGAAAUUGAAGAUCGUGUUUUAAAAGUGGUCAAAGCUUUUGAUAAAAUAACUGAUAAGAAGGUUGGCACACGAGUCAAGCAGGUGCGUCAGUACAGUCAUGGUCCACCAUUAUCGCUUGAUCUUAUUCACCAGCGUGUAAUGUUAGUACUCAAUCUCUACGAUAAAGUUGAUCCUAAGAAGUUAACUGUGGACUCUCAUUUUAUCGACGAUCUUGGUUUAGACUCCUUAGAUCAUAUAGAAAUUAUAAUGGCCAUGGAAGAUGAAUUUUUCUUUGAAAUACCAGAUAUGGAUGCAGAGAAACUUUUACGACCUAAGGAUAUAAUACGUUACAUUGCCGAUAGGGAGGAUAUUUACGAAUAAAUAUUUACAUAAUAUAAGUCAUCUCAUUAGACAAGUUUUUUUAUUUUUAAAUUCAUUAUAUUAGAGAAUAAAGGUUAGACUUUACUUCUUCUGUAUAUAAUAUAAGUAUAAUAAAAAUAAAAUGUAUCACU